UAGAGCUCUACAACAUAUCGGCACAAGCAUUUUCUCUUUCGAUCAUAGCUGUCAUCUUCUACUAUUUCAAACAUCUCUAUUUGUCUUCGUUACAGACUGUCAGUAUUAGGUUUUCUUGACCCUCAAAAUCUGCUAUACUUUUUCGUACUUAAAAUUCCCUUCUUCUUCUUCUACCAUCCGGAGAACUUUAGACCACUCCUAGCACUAUGCAGAAUGGGUGCCAACACCACGUCAACAAUACGUCUACUGCUCCGGACAUGAGACAAGUCCACCCUACGGAUCAAUCAAGCUCUCAUGUUCCAAAGGAGUGCAUGCAAUGUAGAGAGAUAGAAACUCCAGAUGUCAAACGUGACUCUCCUCUCCACACUCCAAACAAUGUCAGUGGUAAACGACGUGGCCGCCCAAAGGGUUCGAAGAGCAUUGCAGAGCGCCCACCACCUGGAUGCAAAUAUCAUCCAAGCCACAGUUGUGGAAGCGUGAACUUUCAGCUGCUGGUAAUCCAGCCUGGUCACUUCGUGAUACAGUCUCUUGCUAAACAGGCAAGCACAUUUUUAAGGUGUGGAGGAGGUCUUGCCGUAGUUGGGGCUCAUGGCAUGAUCGCCCGCAUUACUCUUGAAGACCCGCAGAAGAACGCACGAGCUCUGCUCGGUGCCUACAACAUUGUUUCCUUCUCAGGAUUACUCGGCGGAACGGAAAGCAGAGAAUUCUCGAUCGCACUCAGCGGUGCAUCACUCCAGGCUCAUGCUGGAAUUGUGUAUGGAGACUUUCAGCCACUGGGCAGGGCCAUAGUUGUGCAAGUGAUUUCUUAUUUUAAUCCUCCUCUCAUGAUGUAAGAAGACGUGUUGGAGGAUUUUCUGUCCCCCUUUUGCAAGAAUUCUGGACGAAAUGCAAUAAACUGAUGCCAUUAUUUAAAAGUUUAUCCUAUUUUUGUUCAUUUGAAAUACAAGCAGUCAUUGUUUUUCAUACGGCAAGUCAUUUAGAAAACGG